GUCGGGCCCAGGUUCUUCAGAGCGCACGUACCGCCGAAGGCCUGAAGCGUAUCACACCCCACGACCUCACGAUGGUCCCCGCGUGGCUAGGCGGGCUAGGCUUGCUGGCCCUCCUGGCUCUCAGAGCGCCCGGCGUCGAGGCGCACGUAUACGAGGCUUGUGAACUGGCAAAGCAGCUUAAGAGCCCUUACGGGUUUCCCCUCAGCCAGAUCCCGACGUUCGUCUGUAUUGCGUACUACGAGUCCAGAUUCAACACGUCGGCUGUGAGCAAACCAAAUAGAGACAAAAGCAUAGACUACGGCAUCUUCCAGAUCAACAGUCGCUGGUGGUGCGAUAGAGGCCCUAAACUAGGGUGCGGCGUCACCUGCCAGACACUGCUCACCGAUAUGGACCAAGUAGCAAAGUGUAUCAAAGCCAUUUAUGCGGAGACUAAGAGGCUCAAGGGCGACGGAUUCAAAGCAUGGACAACAUACAAAUUCUGUAAAAAUCCAAACUCUUUUACUGAUAAAUGCCAGCUUAGCUAAUUAUAGUAAUAGAACACGAUGGACCAUUUAUUCAAUAGUUUCCAGAGGCAGACGUUUUUAUUGUGAUCAAAAUUCAAAAUUCUGGCCACGAGUUUUGUGACUUCUUAAAAUAUUGAUCACAGUAAAGAAGUUGUUGCUGUACAAAGUUAGCAAAUUUUGGGCUACUAUGCAAAUAACCACUUUGUACGUUGUUUAUUGUAUGGCACAAACUCUCAAAACUCACUUGUGUAAGACGCAUAAUAUACAUAGUGGUUGAAAUAAAAAGUUAUCUCUAC